ACGAGUGUUGUCGUUCAAGCUUGCGCGCUUGGUCCAGCAGUACUUGACUUCUAUCAGAAAGAUACAUAUCCAGCGAAUUCUACAGAUGACUGUGAUAAAUCUUGGAGGACUUGUAAUUUGAGGUGACAUUAAACUCGUGCGUUUUUGGGAACGGAUGCCAAGUGUUAAUGCGUCUUUUAAGCCGUGCGUAAUAGUCGUUUCUUUCCUGGCCCCAUUUUUUUUUCUUUAAAUAAACCUUGUUUCCUUGCAUUUGGAGGACGUGCGCUUAACCCAGGGAUAAGAUGACUGCGAUCAGAAUGGUUUCAUCAGUGCUGCUGGUGGUGCUGAUGCAGUCCGGAGCUCUUUGCGCACGGAGGUUCCGGGGUGGCCGCAACCCGCAACCACGACGCGCAGCACCUCCUCCCACAUACCGGGCCGACCGGGGUGACACCACGGAGAGCUUCCCUCUGGAUUUCACCGCCGUGGAGGAGAACAUGGAUAACUUCAUGACGCAAGUGAAGAACCUGGCGCAGUCCCUGUACCCGUGCUCGGCGCAGAAGCUUGACUACGACAUGAAGCUGAACUUUUUGGAGAAUACAUCAGUCACCUGCAACGACGGGAGUCCUGCAGGGUACUACCUGAAAGAAUCCCGAGGCAGCAGACGCUGGUUGAUAUUCUUAGAAGGUGGCUGGUACUGCUUCAACAAGGAGAACUGUGACAGUCGAUAUGAGACCAUGAGGAGGUUGAUGAGUUCAUCCAAGUGGCCCCAAACAAAAACAGGCACGGGAAUCCUGUCUCCACUGCCGGAGGAAAACCCUCACUGGUGGAACGCCAACAUGGUGUUCAUCCCAUACUGCUCCAGCGACGUGUGGAGUGGCGCUAAAGCCAAAACGGAGCAAAGUAAGAAAUGGCUGACAGACAAAAACCAUGACAUACUGUUUCUGUCUGUAGUGAUACCUUACAGAGCUGCUUUCUUUGUCUUAUUUCUAGGUGGCUAUGCCUUUAUGGGUUCACUGAUCAUUCAGGAGGUCGUAAAGGACCUGCUGAACAAAGGUCUGGACAAUGCUAAGGUCCUACUCUUAGCAGGAAGCAGUGCCGGUGGCACUGGGGUCCUGCUCAAUGUAGACCGCGUGGCAGAGCUCUUGGAGGGACUAGGGCACACUGGGAUACAAGUGCGAGGUCUGUCCGACUCUGGCUGGUUCUUGGACAACAAGCAGUACCACUGCACAGACUGUGUGGACACAGUCAGCUGUGCCCCCACUGAAACCAUCAAGAGAGGCAUCAAGUACUGGGGUGGAGUGGUGCCAGAAAGGUGCAGGCAGACUCAUCAAGGAGAAGAGUGGAACUGCUUCUUUGGAUACAGAGUAUUCCCAUCAAUAAAGAGCCCGGUGUUUGUGGUCCAGUGGCUCUUUGAUGAGGCCCAGCUGACAGUGGACAACAUCCAGCUGACAGGCCAACCUGUGCAGGAGGGCCAGUGGCGCUACAUACAAAAUCUGGGCAUAGAGCUGAGAAACACACUCAAAGAUGUCCCGGCUAUGUUUGCUCCAGCGUGCCUGUCUCAUGAGGUUAUCACCAGAAAUUACUGGACUGAUGUGCAGGUUAAGGGCACCUCCUUACCCCGAGCACUGCACUGCUGGGACCGGAGUCUCCAUGACAACAGGAACAACAAAGCCCCGCCCAAGGGCUGCCCCGUACAUUUAAUUGACAGCUGCCCAUGGCCGCACUGCAACCCCACCUGCCCGACCAUCCGAGACCAGUUCACGGGACAAGAGAUGAACGUGAUUCAGUUCCUCAUGCACAUGGGCUUUGACGUGCAGAAGAUGGCUCAGCAGCAGGGCAUGGACCCCAGCAAGCUACUGGGCAUGCUCAGCAGUGGCAGCUAAAGAGACACGCACAAACAAAAGUAUCUCCAAGCUAAGCCCCCGUGCAGGGUCGUCUGGUCUCUCUGGCCAGUCCCAUGCCAAUACCUCCAAAUACUCAUCCAACCCUCACAACCCAUUCUACCUUUGAUAUAUUCUCCUCUGACCUCCUGCUUACUUUAGCCCAAACCUCAGUCAACCAUAGGGGCUUACUUACAUCAUGUCCCACAAACCUUUUCCUCGUUGUACUGACAACAAGUACAGGGGCAACACGCCUCCAUGUUAAGGCACGACUCUCUGC